UCUCUCUCUCUCUCUCUCUAGAACCUGAAGAAGAUGGAAGGGGCGACAGCAGCAGAGGACCCUAGCAGAGACCUGAACGAGCUUCAGAAUGACGAUUGGGCGGUGUUCUGGGUCCAGGUGAUGCGCGACCUGCGACACGGCGUCAAGCUGAAGAAGGUGCAGGAGCGCCAGUACAACCCCCUGGCCAUCGAGUUCCAGCUGACGCCGUACGAGAUGCUCAUGGACGACAUCCGCUCCAAGCGCUACAAGCUGCGCAAGGUCAUGGUGAAUGGUGACGUCCCUCCGAAGUUAAAGAAGAGUGCCCAUGAGGUCAUCCUGGACUUUAUACGCUCUAGGCCUCCUCUCAACCCUGUUGCGUCCCGUAAGCUGAAGCCCCAGGCCCAACCCCCUCCCACCCUGCAUGAGAGGAUCCUGGAGGGGAUCAAGUCUGAGAGGAAACUGAGACCGGUGUCUCCUGACGAGAUACGCAGAAGCAGGCUGGUCAUUCGGCCACUUAGCAUGUCUUACAGUUUUGACUCGUCAGGUGCCUAUCUCAGCCGCAGUACCCCCCAGGAUCUGUUCCGUACAGAUGGCUUCACCCCUGAGAUGAGCCGGAAGACGUCCAGCACCAUGUGUCUGGCCAACGGCUCCCUGUCGGCAAACUCCAGCCCCAGGGUGGGCUCCAUGGCUGGCGGGCCCCCAGGGGGGUCCGGGGGCUUGACCCAGAGGAAGAGGCUCCUGAAGGCCCCCCGUCUGGAGGAACUAGUCAGCUCCGAUUCGGAUGACGACGAGACCGUCGGGGGUCGGAGGUCGGCCAGCAGCUCCAGCGUGGCCACCUCCGCCGUGGAUGACACGUCCCCAGAGUCUGUCCUCGGCAGGAAAACCCCCCCCAUGUUCCUGCCCAUAUCUUCCACCCCCCAGCCAGAGAGGCGGCAGGCCCCUCAGCGGAGACACUCCAUUGAGAAGGAGACCCCCACCAACGUCCGUCAGUUCCUGCCCCCGUCGAGACAGAGCUCCAAGUCUCUGGAGGAGUUCUGUUUCCCGGUAGAGUGUCUAUCUCUGACAGUGGAGGAAGUGAUGCACAUCAGACAGGUGCUGGUGAAGGCAGAGCUAGAGAAGUUCCAGCAGUACAAGGACAUUUACAACGCCCUGAAGAAGGGGAAGCUCUGCUUCUGCUGCAGAACCAAACGCUUCUCCUUCUUCACCUGGUCCUACACCUGCCAGUUCUGCAAAAGGCCCGUUUGUUCUCAGUGCUGUAAAAAGAUGCGCCUGCCCUCCAAGCCCUACGCCAGCCUCCCUAUCUAUUCCUUGGGGUCUACCAACACCCUUCCCAGGGACAGGCUGGCCGCCAUGGCAGCCGUGGGAGCGGCGGCGGCGGCAGCUGGACGAGGAGCAGGAGGAGGAGCAGCAGGAGGAGUAGCAGGAGGAGGAGCAGCAGGAGGAGUAGGAGGAGCGCUCCGAGUAGCUGCAGACGCUGGGAGAGGGGGAGCAGGAAGAGGAGGAGUUGGAGUAGGAAGAGGAGGUGCUGGGGUAGGAAGGGGAGGAGCAGGGAAAGGCGGAGCAGUCCCCAAGGCUGAGAAAGCGUCCGGCAGCCACCAUCGUCCCAGCCUUCAGAGGACCAUGUCCAAGUUGGCGAAGCACGGAGGGGACAAGUCAUGUGACGAGCUGGAGCUGCCCCCGGAGCUGACGGAGGACUGGGCCACCAUGGAGGUGUGUGUCGACUGCAAGAAGUUCAUCUCCGAAAUCAUUUCCUCCAGCAAGCACAGCCUAUCGCUGGCCACCAAGAGGGCUCGGUUAAAACGCAAGACCCAAUCGUUCUACACGUCCUCCCCCAAAGGGGCCUCGGAGUACCGCCCCUCUGAAAGGACUAUCAAUGAGAUCUGAACCGCCUCCUCUCCUCUCCUGUUGUCUUCGUUCUCUUUCUCUUCCCUCUUCCUCACGUCCCUUUGCUCUCCUCUCGCUGCUUCCAGCUCAUAUGGCACGACACUGAACUUCAGACUGGAUCUAACUCAUUUGAUCUGGUCUCAUCGUCUAGUUUGGACUGACUGUCUUUCCAUGCAGUCAGAGGGGGUUACUAGGAUCCGGGAGGGCUGUGGACAGUGUGGUGUUGCUGUGUGGGUCCUGAUCUGCAGUACCUGUACUUCAAGAUAAACGGAUUAGCCCAUUUUAUACAGGAUUUACCUCUGUUGUGUAAAUAUUCGGACAUUGUUUUCAUAGAGGGAUGAGAAAGGAUAGCAAGUUACUAUGAGAAUUGUUGCCUCUACAACAGCACAGCAGAGUGGCGUUAGCCCCUGAGAUGUUGGAGGGACCUAGCCGCCCACAGAAAAACACAUGAGCACAAGAAUGACGAUUAAGCAAUGCACAUUCCAAUCCCUCAGGCAUCGGCAUUCUCAGACUGACAAAGAUACAUGCCUCAAUUAAGACUUUUUUUAAUUGAAGAGUGAGACAUUUGGAGUGGCCUCAAAUGGGUAGACUUGGUCAAAGGAAAUUAAACAUCCACAUCUUUAUUUUUUGUGAGUUACAUUUUUGUAUUGGUAUGUACUGGUAUGUUUGAGUGUGUACAUGAUUCAGAGUUUGUGGUGAAAGUCUUGUUGAUAAUGACUUGUUCAGGUUAUUUGGUGUGGUGGUAGAAUUCUGCUUUCGGCCUCACAGUUAUUUCAAUGAAACUAUAAGACAAAUGUGGAUGCCAUGUCAUUGAGAACACAACAGCAGUUGCUGUUUGCUGAUUUCAUGCAGAAAUAACUCCUCUAUUCUAAACUGAUUCAAACCCAAAGAAGUCUUCUAUGUUUCGGUGUAAAUAUUAAAUAGUCUUGCGAACGUGUCUUGCAAAGAGGAUGCGCCAGGAAUAACAGUCUUUGAGCAUGCUAUCUACUUAAAAGAUGACAGUCUGCUAAAUGAAUAGACAAUUUUACAUUAUCUGAUGUGGUUGAUCAGUACACAGUUGUAUGUAGUUCAUAGCAGGAUCUUACAGACCCUUCAUAGCAUUGAUGUGGACCAGCUACUAUAAAACAAUGCUGUAAUGCGUUUCACUUAAAUUACCAAGCUCACUUAUUCAAAAGCACCCAUAGGUGUCCAGCAGGAUUACAUAGAAAAAAUCAAUAAAAUAUUUGAUGAGAGUAUAACAAGCCGUGGAAUUAUAAACAAGGUUUUCAAUACUGGACACUUAAGUCAUCCUGGUCAUUCUGUCAUUCUCUUCUGACCAGUCUUACUCAUCCUGCUUUUACAGUGUUUGCAAUCUAUAUCAUCCUAUUCAAGAUUUUCAAUUCCUGACAUGUGCUUCACAGCAAUCAAACCAAGAAGCAUCUCUAUCGCCACAAUUGCCACUCAGAAAUACAAGCCCAAAACUAACUUUGUCCCAGGAAAAUAUACUUAAUUUAUGAAACCAUUCUCCAACUUAUUUUAGAAACCUGUGUUAUUAUAUGCUUCAGAUUUUUCUUUUGUUAGGAAGUUAAAUAUUUCUGGUUGUUAAAGAAAAAAUUGCAUCAGAUGUUCUAUAGAUAUAAUCAUCUUUUGUAAUGAUUUGCAGAGUUGUUUAAGCUUCAUAGUAAUGUUAGGGAAACACAAUGGUCAAAAGCUUCUACAUUAACUGUUUUGGUUUGUGAAAUUGUCCCCUCUUUUUAGUUGUAUUGGUGGCACAGAAGCCUAACAAUGCUAUUUAUGCUGUUCAACUCAAAGCCUCUAAAUAAUGCCUUCCUGAAUUUGUAUUUACAUCCUGCAUUGACAACUUUCUGUACAGUUUUGAGUUAAGUAAGAAUAAGGCAUAGUUUGGGAGUUCAGGGUGUGUCCAUGAAAGUGUCUCUAAACAGUAGGAUGAUAAGCCAGUCUGUUAAUCUGCCUUAAACACACUGCCUUUUCUCAUGAUCAUAUUAUGUGAGGAAUCUAAUCGUGACCCAGCCAUAAUCAUCACCAUGCUGUGUAUGGUCUCUCUACUGUGUUCAUCAAACAGGAUGAUGUUGUCUUGAACUCUAGACAGUGUUAAAAAUUAGAGUGGAGAAAAUCUCUCGCACAGGCUUCAACAAGUAAAAAAAAGACAGUCUGAUAGUAUAAUGCAUACCAGAAACCCCCAAAUGUGACAGCAGUAACAUGCAUGACCUGCUGUGUACUGUACCUAGUAUCUAUGGGCUGUUCUACCUUCCAGCUGUAAAUCCCUACUGAGAUCCUAACAGAUGAAGACUAACCAACAAUAAACGUGUAAUGCUAAACAUCUUCA